GCCCAGCAUUCCCAACCUUCUUCCUCCUUCUCUCUCUCUCUCUUCGUCUUAUUCUUCUUCAUUCAUUCAUCUUUGCUUUUUUACGUCCCAUCAAUAAGUCCCCUCUCUUCACAUUCACACACCUCUCUCUCUCUCUCUCUCUCUCAUUUUCCUCCUUCCUUUCUUCUUCCUCCUCCUUUCUCUCUCACGAAAACCCUUUUCCCGUGAAACUCCCCACCUCCAGAUACGCAAAUCUCAACCUAUUCGUAUUCCUGAUUACACCCCACAACAAACAAAAUCCGAAAGUCCUCAGUUUCAGCUCCAAAUCGUCUCACUCGUUCGUUCUAGAUCGUGUUUAUAUAUAUAUAACUGGUUUGAACAAUUGGAUCGGUUUGUAUAUUGAUUGCGGAUCAUGGAUUCGAUAUCAGGAGGAGCUGGGCCGAGUGCAUCCGACCCGAAUAGUGCUGCUGUAACGGCUGUUCCGCAAGCGGAGGGGUCGGCAGGAGGGGGGCCGACGCCGAGUCGGUAUGAGUCGCAGAAGCGGAGAGAUUGGAACACGUUUUUGCAGUACCUGAGGAAUCACAAGCCGCCAUUGACGUUAGCUCGGUGCAGUGGAGCUCACGUGAUAGAAUUCUUGAAGUACUUGGACCAAUUCGGGAAGACUAAGGUUCACAUCACUGGGUGUCCUUAUUUCGGGCACCCGAACCCGCCGGCGCCGUGCGCGUGCCCGUUGAAGCAGGCUUGGGGGAGCCUCGACGCGCUGAUCGGACGCCUCAGAGCCGCCUACGAAGAGAACGGUGGACGGCCGGAGUCCAACCCGUUCGGCGCCAGAGCCGUCAGGAUUUACUUGAGGGAAGUCAGGGAAGGACAAGCCAAAGCUAGAGGGAUCCCUUACGAAAAGAAGAAGCGAAAAAGAAGCACCGUAACCACCACUCUCGUGACCACCAAUGUGUCGGCAGCGACCGAUAUCCCCGGUGCUGCCGCCUCCUCAAGCGGUGGCGGUGGCGAUGGUGAAGGAAGAGGAGUUGAAACCACCGGUGGUGGUGGUGGCGCUAGUAGCGUCGUAGUUGCUUCUAAUACUCCAACUACAGUUAGUACGGCGACGACUACUACAGUAUAAGAUAUCUAGUAGUAUAAUUCUGAUAAAUUGUCUCACUUCUUCCCUACCACUAUCUAAAUUUAUUCUUAAUGAAAUUAUUUAUAAUCCAUCACUGCCUCAUCAAUCCCAAAUCUAAGGCCAUUUUCUCAAUUCUUGGAUGUCUCUGGGUUCAUCCCUCUCUCUCUGCAUAUACACGCACACAUAUAAGCUAAUGAUUAUUAUAUGCGUGUGUAUUGAUUUUUUGUUUUAGAUGGGAGGGAAAGAUCCAAAAGGAAAUAUGCUUUCAUUUUCAAGUGUUGAAC